GACGUGGGGGAACAUGGAAUGGGGGAACAGGGCGUGGGGGAACAUGGAAUGGGGGGACAGGGCAUGGGAGAACAUGGAAUGGGGGGACAGGGAAUGGGGGGACAGGGAAUGGGGGAACAUGGAAUGGGGGGACAGGGAAUGGGGGAACAGGGAAUGGGGGAACAGGGAAUGCGGGAGCAAGGAAUGGGGGAGCAGGGGACGGGGGAACAGAGAAUGGGGGAACGGGGAAUGUGCGAGUAGAGAACGUGGGGACAGGGAAUGGGGGAGCAGGGAAUGGGGGGGCAGAGAUUUCCCCAUCAGGGAAUAAGGAUCAGGGAAUGGGGGAUGGGGGAAUUGGGGGGACAGGGAAUGGGGGAGCAAGGAAUGGGGGAGCAGGGAUGUCCCACUCAGGAAAUGGGAGGACAGGGAAACGGGGGACAGGGAAUUGGGGAGUGGGGAAUGGGGGAACAGGGAAUGCGGGUGCAGGGAAUGGGGGAGCAGGGGAUGGGGGAAAGGGGGAUGGGGAACAGGGAAUGGGGAGACGGGGAAUGGGCAAGCAGAGAAUGUGGGGACAGGGAAUGGGGGAGCAGGGAAUGGGGGAGCAGGGAAUGGGGGAGCACGGGAUGGGGGAGCGGGGGAUGGAGGUACAGGGGAUGGGGGAACAUGGCAGGAAUGGGGGAGCAGGGAAUAGGGGAGCAGGGAAUGGGGGAGCAGGGAAUGGGGGAACAGGGAAUGGGGGAGCAAGGAAUGGGGGAUCAGGGAAUGGGGGAGCAGGGAAUGGGGGGACGGGGAAUCGGGGGACAGGGAAUGGGGAAGCAAGGAAUGGGGGAGCAGGGAAUGGGGGAACAGGGAAUGGGGGAGCAAGGAAUGGGGGGACAGGGAAUGGGGGGACAGCGAAUGGGGGAGCAGGGAAUGGGGGGACAGGGAAUGGGGAACAUGGAAUGGGGGAGGGGGGAAUGGGGGAACAGGGAAAUGGAGGGGCAGGCAUUUGGGGGACAGGGAUUGGGGGAGCGGCUCAAAAGGGAAAUAGGGAAUGGGGGAGCAGGGAAAUGGAGGGGCAGGCAUUUGGGGGACAGGGAUUGGGGGAGCGGCUCAAAAGGGAAACAGGGAAUGGGGGAGCAGGGAAUGGAGGAGCAGGGAAUGGGGGAGCAGGGAAUGGGGGAGCAGGGGAUCGGGGAACAUGGAAUGGGGGAACAGGGAAUGGGGGGACGGGGAAUUGGCGGACAUGGAAUGGGGGAACAGGGAAUGGGAGAAUUGGGAAUGGGGGAGCAGGGAAUGGGGGGGCAGGGAAUGGGGGAGCGGGGAAUGGGGGAGCAGGAAUGGGGGAGAAAGGCUAA